AUGUUCGGAAAGUUAACUGGUUUGGUUAUAUUUGGAAUUGGAUUAUGGUUGAGGUUUGAUCCGGCAAUAUCAGAAUUUAUUGCAUUACAUGGAGGAUCGGACAAUUUCCAUAUAGUUUGUUACCUACUGAUUAUUGCCGGUGCCAUUAUGAGUUUUAUUGGUUUUCUUGGAUGUUGUGGAGCCUGGCGUUUAAAUCAAGGAAUGCUUAUCGCUUUCUUUAUUAUUCUAAUAAUAGUAUUUUGUCUACAAUUGGCGUGCGCAGUUGUCGCAUAUACCCAACAAGAUUUUAUACGACGUUAUAUUGAUAAUUCGAUGUAUGAAGCGAUACAAGAAUAUUAUGCAAUUAAUCCACAGUACAGAGAUACCUUUGACAGAAUACAGAAUGAAUUUCAAUGUUGCGGUGUAAAAUCGUAUCGCGAUUGGUUAUAUUCAUCAUGGAAUCGCGAUGUAGUCGGACAUAAUGAAUUGGGCAUCGGUCAUUCGUCUAUUGGUAAAGUACCUAAAUCGUGUUGUAAUGAGGAAGGACUUCGAGAUUACCCAACUAAUUGUGGAAUUAGUUUCGACAAGCUCGAAUUAUGGACAUACGAACCUUUCUUAAACACUAAGGGCUGCAGCGAUGCAUUAUAUGAUUCCACAUAUAAUAAUUUAAAUUUGGCCAUAGCGAUCAGCGUCAUUGUCGGUAUUUUUCAGCUAAUUGGGAUGUUUUUAUCGAUGUUAUUGUGCUGUUGGAUCAACACGAAAUCGCAUCGAAAGACGAGCAAUUUUUAG